UUUCCUUCUCUUCAAUCACGUUAACCGUUGCUAUCUUGGUUGCUGUUAUUGAGGGGGAGCACUGAUCAUUACUUUGUGAGCCUUCUUAUUGCUUUACUUUCAGUAGUUUAAUCAUUCGAUUUGUAAUUCUUGACAGUAAUAUUACACAUUCUACCUGCAAACAAGUUAAGUUGAUCACAAUGGCUGAUAACAACGCCACCGUAAUUGCUUCAUCUGACAAAUUGGAUACCACGCUUGAAAACGCGGUAAUUCCUUCCUCUUCAGCAGAUGAAGAAGCAGGCAGUGUCAUCAAACGCCGCCGCACAGACAAUAGCGGUAAAUGCAGCACCAAAAAUGAACAAGACAUGAGUGGCCGAGAAAAAGUUAGUCGUGUCCGUGCUCCUCGUAUGGAUCGUGACGAAUUCUUUCAGCGCUACCCGAACAUAUCCAAGGGUGUUGGCCAUUACUUUCCGUAUUGCCAUACUCCGAUUAGUGCAACUUUCAUCGGAGAUUGCUUCACCUUUGUUUCUCCAACCAAACUUGACGAGUUGGAAGGGGAGUGGAUAAAUUACUUCAAUGAGGGCUGCCAAUGUACUGAACAAGAAAUGGCACUCAUGCCCAAAUACGCUGCGUUAUUUAAGCUGUCUCAGGGGGCGUACCAACAGCCUGCGAAUUCUGAUAACACAAGGAAGCAACGGGUAAAGACAAGGAGCCAAUUUGCUUCCAAGUAUCCGCUUGUGAACGCGGGUUUCGAUGAUUUAACGUGUCUACCACGAAAUGAUGUGAAUGUCAUCAGGUUAGACUAUCUGAUGUCUACUGCUGAACACCAGCUCAGGGAGCUCGAAGCUGAACACGCGUCGUUUUACCAAACCCGGUUUCACCAUGCUAACAAUCUUAUCCUACUCAUAGAUAAACAGACCAGGUUACUUCAUAUGGGUACAAAGGCAUACAGGAAAUACCAUAAAUCUAACACUAAGGCUGUCAAGAGGAAUGAAUCGUCUUGCUGAGGAAAGCUUUGAGGUUUAUGAAGAGAUAAUUCGUUAUUUUAAAUGGCUUGAAUUGGAUUAAUUAAUUUAGUUUGUUUUUACGUUGUAAACCUCUUCUCUUUCUAUGAUUUCCGCUUUGCUUAAGUGAAUGCU